AUGAACGGUCAAUCUCCUUACGGGUACGGCUACGGUCCACCUUCAGGACCACCGCCGGCCCAGCCAUCGCCUUACGGCCCAGGACCGAACCGCCCGCCGCCUCAGCAGCAGCAGCAGUACCACCAGCCCCCUCCCAUGCCGUCCGCCCACGGCACCAGUGCUACUCACUAUGCCAAUCCGAGCAGUCAUACACCCUACAUACCACAGCAAUCUACGAACCGUCCACCACCCUCGUCAUACCCUUACUCUCCUGCGACGCCAUCCACCCAAUACCCUCCUCAGUCUCCCACACCAUAUGACAAUCAGCAGCAGCAGAGCCUCUAUCAGGGCGGGCCCGGAGGAUACUCACCAUUGGCAGGACCGUCACGACCACAGAUGCCUCCGCAUGACACGCCCACACCGAUUCAUACGCAGAGAUAUGGAGGCGCACCGAAUCAAUCCUAUCAGCCACCCCAGUCGCAGCAGAACUACAGCCCUUCCUUUGCCCGCCCUCCGCCGCAGAGUCUGCCACCCUCUUCGUACCCCACAGACGGCGCUUACGAUCCUCAUGCUCCUCAAAGUGCUGCAGGCAAUGGUGCAAACGGUGGAGGUGGCAGUAGUGAAGAUGCUGCCAUGAGGGCGUACAUGGCUCGGUCCCGGCCGAGACCGCCUCCUCUCUCAGGGCAGCCUCCCACAGCAGAUCCCCGCCGGGCCAAUGGUACCGGUAUGAUGGCAGAGUCCAGCUCGCAGAUCAACGGUGGCGCUUACAACGGCUAUUCUCCGAGUCCGCAUGUUGGACCCGUAGGCCGUCCUUUGUCCGGCCCUCCCCCAGGCGUAGGCGUGAGACAACUUGACCACCGUACGGAGGCUGAGAAGGCUGCGUCCGCUUGGCGGGACCGACAGCAACUCGUCCGCCCAUUCGCCAACGGCCUGCCUUCACUUCAGCCUUCCCCAGUCCAGACAGGGCCUCCGAUACCUGUGGCUGCCAGCCGACCGCCACCACCUGCAGGCUACAAUUAUUCCUACAAUGCUCCGCAGAGACCGCAGCCUCCUUCGGCUCAGCCAUCUGUGGGUCGGCCAGGAUUGCCAAGCGUAGGGCUCUCACCACAGCCGAGUGUUCCCGUGUCUCAUCCCUCUCGCAGCAACCAAACUCGCCCUGCGACUUUGACUGCUCGCCCCAUGCCACCAUCGACCUUACCAGCGCGCCCUCCCUCCUCAGCUGGGUGGCAGGACAGGAGAAGCGUUGCUGGUCCCAAUCAGACACAAUCAGGUCGUCCGGGCCAAAAGGAGGCCGGAAAUGGUGACGGUCCGGCUCAGAUCCAUGGCCGUCUCCCCCUCCCACCUCAGCGCAACGUUCGUGGGCGUACUUCUCCGCCCGUUGGUGCUCGAGCACGCGCUCCGAUUCCUGCUCGCCCUAUAAGCGCCAGGAGUCGUUCGCCUCCAUCGCGCCGCAAAGCAGACUCACGGACGCCCACCCCCGAUCCGCUCCAGGAAGUCUUCCUCGUGGGCCUAGAUUCGGACGUGACGCCCGACCAGCUACACGAGAUGAUCGACAAGCUAUGCUCCUCUUCUGAUCUCACGACAGCAGAUGAAGUGUUGCUGCUGAGAGAUCGGACGACACGUGUGCUCAACGGGCGCGCCAUUGCCACCUUCCCCAGAAUCGCUGAUGCAAUUCGCUUUGCGAAUGCUCACGGGCCGUGGAUCGAGGAUGUUGAGAGAUUUUUUGGGCCACCACCUAAGGCCGACGGCGAGGAUAGUGGCGAAAAUCAGAGCGACAAGAGAAAGAGGAUCCGCGUCAAUCAUGGAGGCAAUGUCCCUGAUGACGGCGAUGAGAAGGCGAAAGCGGCAACACCUUCUCUGAAGACAGAGGAUGGCGGAGCCGUCGCAGCUGCAGAUCAGCAAUUGGACAACAUCAAGCAGUGGGAUGCUCAGGAAGAUGAUAUGGGCGCUACAGAACCUACUCAGACAGAGACAAUCGAGCCGCCUUCGACUACGGUAUCCCAAUCGACGGUCAGCUCUGAUACUCACAAUGCUGCACCAGAUGGAGAGCAACCUGUGACACAGGAGCCAACACGACCCGAGGACUCUAAGCUUCCGAUCAAGGAAGAGACGUCCCAAGAGCCGACUGUGCAGGCAUCGAGUGCGACAGGGUCGUCAGAGCCAGCAACUCAGUCUCAAGACGACGACCUUACGGAGGGUGACAUUACUGUUGCGCCAAGUACGGAGGUCGCAGACACCGUAAUGCGCCGCGCAGAAGGAGAAGCUGCUCCUCGUAUCCCUGCCACUGAAGCUGUGACUCCGCCGUCUCGUAACGCUCUGGGCGAAGUCUCUGUAGAAGAACCUGCGGCACAAAGUGAUGGCAAUCGAGAGCCAUCACUGACUCCAACGGACGUCGCGACUUCCUCCACUGUAGCACCGCUGCUCGGCGAAGGCGAAAAGAGGACGUCGCAGCUCCUCUCGAACAAGAAGGUCGCCCUCAACAUCGCCAACUGGACGAAGAAGCAGGAGGAGCUUCAUAGCACCCUGCCAACUUCUGCCACAAGUGCCGCACUGAGCUCUCUGCCAGACGAUGAGCCACAGGAUCAUGCUCAAGAGACUGUGUCCGGUCCUUCGCUUGACGCCAUCAUGGAGGGCACUCCACCAGCAGACGUUGACAUUGACUUCUUCUCGGAUCGAACAGCGCUGUGCUGCUACCUCUGCGGACGCAAGUUCAAGACGAUGGACGUGCUCAACCGUCAUCCGCGAGAGUCAAAGCUUCACAGUGCCAAUCUGCUGGAGGAAGACAAGCGUCGUAGCGGUGGCGAAGCCGUUCGAAAGGCAAAAGCAGCGACGAAAUCAGCAGGCAUGAAACGCAAAGCAGGUCUGUCUGGCUUCGUGCCUGUCCAGAGCAGCCCUACGAAUGAUGGUGGCGAUGCUACUGGUGAAACAAAGUAUCGCGACCGAGCACUAGAACGUCGCGCCGUCUUCGGUUCUGAGAAUCCUGCGCCUGCCAGCAAGAAGGCCAAGGGCACCCGUUCCUUCGAGGGCCCAGCGGCCCCUGCUCCAACGGCAGCACCUCGUGGUGUUGAUGACAAGAUCGAAGAGGAUAACGUGGGAAACAAGAUGCUCCAGAUGAUGGGAUGGAGCGAGGGCGAGGUGCUGGGAAAUACAGGUGGCGGGCUCGAGAAACCGAUCGAGGCGGUCAUGUAUGCCAAGGGUGCAGGAUUGGGGGCCGGCAGUGCUGGGAAGAGCAUCGGUGGCUCGGACGCAGCGGGCAAUACACCAGGAUGGAAGGCAAGACUGGAUCAGGCAAGGGAUGGAAGAAUGUCACGGUACCAAGAGGCACAGAGCGGGGGAAAGGACGGAGGUUCAUGA